AUGGUGGCGGAGUUCAACGAAACAUGUGGAUGCUUCGGUCGGUCGAUCGGUCUUCAGCUGAAUCUGCAAAAGACUAUAAUCAUCCGUAACGGAUGGGUCUCGGAUCCCCCAUCCACGAUCAGCGGAACGAACAUAUCCGAAUGCACCAGCUACGCUCAUCUGGGUCGGGAAAUGGACAUGAAGAAGGAUCUGACCCCCUUGCGAGGCAAGAGGAAACAAGCGGCUUGA